AUGACGCCUGACGUACCGCUGUUCAUGCAGGUCCUUUGCGCGUGCCUACGCUUCAUAACCGGAGGCGCCGCGGAAUCUUUUCAAACUGGAAGCGACGAGCUUCGCUACGAUGCCGGCCUGCCGCCAUCCUUCUGUGUGGGCGGUGAUCCCUUCCGGCUUCAUGAGGGUGUCUGCAAUCAGCAGCUUGGUCACAUCGACGAUCAUUUCGGACAGCCACCCGGGAGCACGAUGACGUCAACACGCAUGCCCACAAGGGUCCGCCUGUUUGCUUUAAAUCUGGGACCAUCGCCUACCUGCUUCAGUGGACACGGUGGCAUCGCCGUGACAAUGACGCCUGACGUACCGCUGUUCAUGCAGGUGUUCAUCUUCCGUGUCCAGCGGGGCCCGUUUGCCGAGGAGUUCUACCAGUGCGUCACUUAUGGUUUCUACUCGGCUCAGUGGCAGGAGCAGCUGUACACCAGCUUCUCACUUGUCUCCAUGUUCCUUCUGCCCCUCGCCACCUUGAUCACCACCUACAUCUUAACAUUUUACACAAUAUCAGUCCAGCGAAGCGCCUUCAUCACUGGCAAAGAUACGACUCAAUGCCGUUCCGGCAAGAAGGGCGGGCGGAGGCGGGCCCUGGACAAGUCGGAGGUGAGGGCCCCGUCAUCGAUGGAGGAAGCACGGCGACGGCUUCUGCAUAGGGCCAAGAUGAAGUCCCUGAUGAUAACUGUGGUCAUCGUAGCCGCGUUCAUCAUAUGCUGGACGCCGUACUACUGCAUGAUGAUCAUCUUUAUUUUCCUGGAGCCCGAUGAGCAGCUAACUGAAGAACUGCAAACCGGAAUCUUUUUUUUCGGCAGUUCCACGGCCAUGAUUAACCCUCUCAUUUACGGUGUCUUUCAUUUGCGGCAUCAGCGACCUUCAAGGGGAUCACGUCAGUUCAACAGUAGCGCCGCUUCUCGUGCGGUAGACCACUCGACAUUACUGCUCGCGGGCUCGCUUAACAAGGCACCUGCCACUCCAGUCGCAUCGGCGACAGAGCCUCAGUGCGAUGACGACUCAGCAAUAAAAGCACAAGACUGUUGCACCCGUGAAACCACCAUCGCCUUAAGAGUGGGAAACGGCUGCCUGAAACGGACAGUGUCCUAUUCUUCCUCGAUGAUCCAGCACAGGAAAGAAAAGAGGCGAGAAACAGAAGCAGCUCAGAAGAGCCACACGGGUUGACGCAAACCCCAGGACCUUACAGUUGUGCGCGUCCGAGUGCAUGUGCGAAUUAAACAUUUGUCUGUGUGUGCAAUAAAAUGAGUUGUCAUCAGCUAUAAGUGGAUGAGUACUAUGAAAGAUUAUGAGUUAUCAUUAGAAAUAAGUGUGCCUCUCUACUUGGGAUCAGCAUCUCAAGUCCCUUGCGGAAGCAGUUCAACGCCAACAUAGGCAGACUUCUUGAACAUGGUGCGACACUAAUGUUUUCCGUCAAUUGCAUGGUUUAAACAGAGUAAGGUACUGAGUGUAUUGUGUAGUCGUCACGGUUCUUGGUCGUAGUUUUCCAUCAAUUCUUGACGUGCUGAUUUGCUAGAACUGCACAAAUAUACGAAGUACGCACCUGAUGACAUAAAUAUAUUGAUAUCCUGUAUAACGCCCACGCUCACAGAAGAAUCGUUUCCAUGUGUAUAGUGAGUAAGAUGUUCUAACGCGAUG